GCGCAUUGUUCAAAAACGAAACGCAGUCAGGUAAAAGAACUCAGCUGAGGCUCAGAGUGCCUCGAAACCGAUACGAAGCGGUGCGCUAGUGUUAGCUAGGUCCAGGGUACUUUUACUCAGCUGUGACACAGUAUUCACAGUUUUAUAGUCAAGUUCUUCAGCUACCGGAACACCGGCGCUCAUUGGCAUUUCUGAUAUUCGAGGAAAUCAUGGCGCUGUGUUUGUCCCCGGGUGGAUGUCCCUACGAUGAGGAUGAGGAAAUAGCUGUGUUUGAGUCUACUGCAGCAGAGCAUGGAGGCCCGUCCAGACCACGUCUGCCUGAGAUCUCGGUCAUCUCCCCUGGCCUGGACACCCGGCCAUCCAUUAUAGAACCAAAACUUGCAGUUAAACCUGCAGCGGUGAGACAAGGCAGCAGCGGUGAUGGGAGUUCAGAGAAGGUGCAGGUUUUCCUGCGCAUCCGGCCACUUACUGACACAGAGAGAGGCAGAGGAGAAGAACAGGGUUGUGUGGCUGUCCAAGAUGAAGAAACGCUGAUGCUCAAAGCUCCAAAAGAAUCUCAGAACAUGAGGACCGCAGAGAGGGGUGUCACCCAGAGCAUACACAAGUUCAGCUUCUCGAAGAUUUUUGGACCAGAGACAACACAGCAACAGUUUUAUGAGUGCACGAUGAAGAAGAUGGUGAAAGACGUGCUUCAAGGAGAAAACAGACUCCUCUACACUUAUGGUGUCACCAAUUCUGGAAAGACUUACACUAUUCAGGGCAUUGGUCGAGAAGCAGGUCUCCUGCCCCGGGCUCUAGCGUCUCUCUUCAGGAAACUGCAGGGUCGUCUGUAUGGUGCCAUGGACCUGAAGCCUGUGAUGUAUCAGGAUGUGAGGCAGCUGGACGCUGGUGAGGUCAGGGUUGAGGAAAUCCGCAGAAACUCUCUGCUCAAAGAGGAUGAGAAUCAGAGUUCUCGUCGGGGUGGCACCACUACAAUCUGGGACAGUGGGAUCGGGGGUCUCUCAUGUACAAGCAACAUCGCCACCCAGCUCGAAGACACUGACAGUGUUUGUCUGGAGCCCGACAGCCUCUCACACAGUGGAGGAGAUAAUUUGGAAGAAGGAGUGCAGUUUUCUAUCUGGGUGUCCUUCUAUGAGAUCUACAACGAAUUCUUGUAUGAUCUGCUGGACGCUUCACCCGCUCUGCAGCCCAGGAAAAGGGCCACACUGCGGCUUAGUGACGACAAGCAGGGCAACCCCUAUGUGAAAGACCUUACCUGGAUCCAGGUCCGUAGUGCUGAGGAAGCCUGGAGAAUUCUGAGGGCUGGACGUCGGAACCAGAGCUUCGCCAGCACUCAGCUCAACCAAAACUCCAGCCGCAGCCACAGCAUUUUCUCAAUCCGCGUCCUGCAUGUCCGCCCAGAGGCAGCCAUGCACAUCAGCGAACUGACUGUGUGUGAUCUGGCUGGGUCUGAACGCUGCAAAGAGCAGCAUAAUGGAGAGAGGAUGAAGGAGGCCAACAACAUCAACACCUCCCUUUUAACUCUGGGACGCUGUAUAGCUGCUCUGAGACACAACCAGAACAACAAGUCACGACCUCCUCAAGUGGUGCCCUUCAGAGACAGCAAACUGACCCGGGUCCUGCAGGGUUUCUUCUGUGGUAGAGGAACCUCCUGCAUGGUGGUCAACAUCAAUCCAUGUGCCUCCAUCUAUGACGAGACCCUCCAAGCCCUCAAAUUCUCAGCUAUUGCUACUCAACUGGUCCAUGGUCCAUCCACAAAGACCAGGGUGGCUUACAUCCUGUCCCUGCUGCGCGACCCAGCAGGAAUCGUUAAUGACAGCACGCUGAUGGAAGAUGACGAGGAUGACAGUGAUGUUGAAGAUGGAGAUAUCACCAUGUUAAACACUGAGGCUUUGCUGCAGGCCAUUGAUGUCCUGAAGAAAGAGGUGCAGCGCCAGCGGGAAGAGAAGGAGGUGCUUGAGGCAAAUGUGAGAGAGCAGGUGGUCUCUGAGAUGCAAGAGAUCAUCUCUGAGAUGCAAAAUGGCUUCAGAGAGACCCUGGAAGCAGACAGGGCUCUUAUCGAAGAGAGGUAUGAAGACAAGAUAGAUAACAUUCAGAAACAUCUGAAGAAGUUCUACAGUCAGGAGCUGAAGGAGCGAGAUCAGGAGAUUGAAGCUUUGUCUGCCGCCCUUGAUAAACGAAGGGAAACGGAUUCGGUGCCGGUGUCCGUGCCACAGGCCGACUCUGAGGGGCCUCGACGAUCUCGGCGCAUCACAAGUAACUCAGAAGCCAACAGGCUACGCAGUGAGCUCGACCAGUGUCGCGCUGAGCUGCUCACAAAGUCACACGAGCUGAUAAAGCUGAAGAUGCAGCUGGAAGUCCCAGGUUCAACUGGCACCCUCACCUCUGCUGCUGACCGCAAGCUCGAGGAGGGUCAAAGGAACUUGCGUCAGCUGCGUAUGGACCUGCAGAGGCUCGGGGCGGGCCUCCAGUCCGGUGAACGAGCCUGCUGUCGCAACACAGGAGGGGAGAGGCUGCGGCAGGCAUUAACAGCUGCAGACGAGACACUCGCCAAACAGGACCAGAUCCUGUUGGAGCUCCAGAACGGCCUGAUGCUUGUCAAAGCUGACUUAAGGCGGAAAGCAGAGACCCUGGCCCAGACCCAGGCUCUCCGCCCUCAGCUGCCCCCCUCAGGUUCUGAUACCUCCACCACAGCAUCCUGCAAGAAGAGGGGCUGUGGGGCCGCUGCACCAAGUGACACUGAGAACCGACCUCCGCAGAAACGGCCCUUUUACCAGUCCCUGUUCCCGUCGUGUACCCCCACACGUAAAUAUAACACUCGUGCUGUUGAGGACGCAAACAUUACCCCCUACUCACGGAUCCUGCGGUCUCGCCAGCAGUCUCCGCCUCGCAGCCCUGCCCCCACCCCUCGUAGUCUCAGGGGGAAGUACUGAGCUCUUUGGAGCUUCAGUCAAAGUGUCAGCUUCUUGAUAUUAUGUAAACAGCUAUAUUUGCCGGCAACUUUAUAAUGUUUUUAUAUUUUGUAUAUAUUCACUUUUUGCAGUGCGGUUUACUCACUGUUGUCAUGCCAAAUACAUUUAGGACAUUUAUGCCAGUGAGGAAAAAAAAGAGUGUUGCUUUAAGAUAGAGUUGCAGUGUGCAUGCUACUAGGAGAAUUGAGGUGCUCUUGUAAAGCUUCUUAGUGACUAAUGGUUAUGGCAUGAAUAGUUCAUGUGUGUGUAAUUAUCCUUUCCUGUCUCUGCAACGCUUCACAUGACUUUGCUGUAAGCAGUCUUCUGUUUUCCACAAUAAAAUCAAUGAAAACAU